CUAGCUGGAACUUGCCUUGCUGCGCACAGACCGCUACCUCCAACUGCACGUCACUACGCGUUGUUGGUUCAAAGACACGGCCAUCUCCAUACACACACAGCAUGUCUGAACGCGGCGCAUUCCGGGGCCGAGGUGGCGGCGGGCGUGGAGAUCACCGCGGGGGCAGAGGCGGAGGGAGAGGAGGCGCGCAAGGUGGAAAUGCGGCGGGGCAGCAGCAGACUGAGCGUCCGAAGAAAGAGAACAUCCUGGACCUGAGCAAGUACAUGGACAAGCAGAUCACCGUCAAAUUCAGCGGCGGCCGCGAAGGUGAGUCAAUUGGGUGCAGAGAGCAUGCGAGAGGGCAAACAGACCACGACCGCGAGAGAGCGGGUGCUGACAAGUGUGCAGUCAUCGGAACGCUAAAGGGCUACGACCAAUUGAUGAACCUCGUGCUGGACGAGGUCAAGGAGGCCAUGACAGAUGACGAAGGCAACGUACGAUACCGCAAGCUCGGCCUCAUUGUCGCCCGCGGCACACUUCUUGUCGUCAUCUCACCCGUCGACGGCAGCGAAGAGAUUGCCAACCCAUUCAUACAAGAAGAAGAGUGAAAACGGGCCGAUCUUGAUGGGUUGAGCAUACAGCAGGCGCGGUAGCAAGCCGACCGAUGGAAGGUUAUGCGCUACACACGGCCUUUAAAAGUUGCAGAGGACAGAAAGGAACAAAGCAGAUGCAGAUGCAGGCUCUCCAUGAUACCCACGACCAUCUCUGGAGCAUUUGGCCUGGUGUGAUUUGG